UCAUGACUCAGUGUAUAUAAAUACGAAACAGGUAUUCCCCCGUACCGGGUAUCUUCCGGGAUAGGUGCUGAUAUGAUAUUUAAACCCCACACUUAAACAAUUCUCUCAGGUCCAAUGAAAAGGACACGAUAGCAUUUUAUAUAAAGUAAAGCUUUUCUUAACGUACAUGUUUAGAAUUUGACAUUUAUACAAGCUUUGACUGCAGACUAGUGUGGAUAUUCUCAUAGUGAUACGUACGUGUUUUGAGUGCACACCAAGAUCACCAGAAUGAAGAUUGUCGGCAGGCUAUGUCGUUGUAUAUUCUGGAUCCUCGUACAAACUAUCGUUAGCUACAGUUGGCUCACCUGUAAUAGUGGCGACCAAUCAACUCUUUUCCUCGACAACCAAACAUUUAGCUACCUUAACGAGACGACGUAUGCUGUUUGUCCAGCUGGUGCAUAUGAUAUCUCGGCAUCUGAAAACAACAUGGGAUCACUCACUGAAAUGUCCUUCAAGAAAUCUGGUUUAUGUGCGUUUUACAGUCUCAGACUGCUUCAGUUGACAAAUAAUCGUAUUAAUAGUAUUGGAAAUGGGACAUUUUCUUGUUUCAGAACUUUGUCAAUGCUGAAUUUGAGUCACAACAGUUUGACAACGCUCCCGCAAGGCAUCUUUGAUGGAUUAAACUACCUCACAGUCUUGGACCUUUCCUUCAACUCAAUACAAACCAUUGAUGUUUCAGUCUUUGGGUCAGGAAAGCUUGAUUUUCUGACUCAUGUUAAUAUGCAAAACAAUGACCUAUUGGUAAUGGAGCCUUGGGCUUAUGUGUUAAGGAGCAUCCUAUUGUUUGACCUUCGAAAUAACAGCAUUUCUAACUUCAGCAACACCAUCGGAUGGAAAUAUGACUUGAGGGAACCGUUCCUGACUGAGGUAGACUUGAGGUACAACAAUAUGACGAAUUGGAGAGACAACCUGCUACUUCAAUACCAUCCCGAAGGUGACCCUAACGUCGACCUUAUCACCUACAACAUGGACCUACGAGAGAACCCCUGGAAGUGUGACUGCUAUGUGCACAAUGUCGUAAGCAGAUUCCAAAGUACUUUCUUCUUGCAUGUGCGGAACGAAUUGACGGACGUUAAGUGUCAAAACCCGUACCAGCUUCAUGGCGAAGGAAUGCUUUUUGUACGAAGGCUGAAGGAACUUGUGUGUAAUAUAACAGUAGAUUGUCCUGAAAAUUGUCUUUGUCAAAAACAGCCAGAGAAUCAGAUUUUAAUAGUAGAUUGUAAUAGAAGAGGACUGAGUUCCCUGCCCCAAGUAUUGCCUUCACUACCACCUAACUAUACAUAUGCUCUGGAUUUUAGCUACAACAGCAUCAGAAGUAUGACAAAGAGACCUUAUCUGGAUACAAUUCAGACACUUGACAUGGAAGGGAAUGGACUCCAAGAGAUAGAAUCAACAGCAAUCAGUGAAACUCAGAACUUGAAAUUCAUAGAUUUAAAAAACAAUAAACUGAAAUCGAUACCAAAUACAAUGCAGAAGAUAGUGUUUGAGAUGACAGAUUUAAGUAAUAAUCCAUUUGUUUGUGAUUGUGAUAUGAUCUGGAUGGCUGGGUGGAUAGAACGGUCACCCAUGCUUUCUCCUGGGCGAAGCAUGAAAUGCACAUUUGAGGAACAAGAAGAAUUUACCAUUUUAGAAGUUACGAGUUCGCUUCUAGACUGUACAUACGAUUUAGCGAUAGGACUGGCUGUAGGGUUUGGUGUCCUUCUUAUUAUUGUUCUUAUUGUAGUGAUAUGGACGAAACGUUGUCCAUACGAAACGAAAGUCCUGCUGUUUAGGUUUUGUGGUUUUCACCCACGCGAUAGAUACAUUGUUGACAGACAGGCCGGGACCGAAUUUGAUGCAUAUGUGUCUUUUGAUGAUGAAGAUAUUCAUAUUAGACAAUGGGUGUUGAUGAAACUGGCCGCCAGACUUGAACCUACGUAUAAAAUGUUUAUUCCUAUUCGCGACCUUCCUGUAGGUGCGGACAGAAGUGAUGAAACGAUGACAAACUUGGAGCAAAGUAAGAGAGUCAUCAUUGUGCUAUCAGAUUCGUACGAUGAACAUGAAUGGUGCCAAUUUGAAUGUCAAAGAGCUGAAAUAUUAGAUUUUAACGAAGGAAGGAUUAUUUAUAUAAGAUAUCAUGAGAGUGUCACAGAAAUUCUUAAUAAGGAUCCCUGGAAAUCAAGAAUAGGCGAUAGAAAAAUGCUUUCACCUGGAGGAACAAAAUCGGAAAGACGUUGGUUUUGGGAUAAACUAAAAUAUGAACUUCCAAUAGUACGACAAAAAGACAAGCCAUAUUGUUUCUCAGCUUAAUUUUUAAAUAGAAUUGGGCCGUAUUGUUGUUACCAUAUUGAACAUUUUCGUUUUAAGGGGAAAAGAUAUGAAAAACUGCACAUGUUUAGUCGUUUCCGUGUAUAUAUGCUGUUUCAUCGUGGCAUUAUCAUAAAAUGAUAAAAAAUGUUAAUGUAUGUGAUAGAAUAACAAUAUAUCACAUAUAUAAUAUAUGUACUGUAAUUGUUAUGUUAUUUCUUCCAAAAUUGAAAAGCAUUAAUUGUUAUCAACUUAUUAUUACCAUAUACACAUAACUACUACAGCCACAGUUUAAUAUAUGAUAAUGGUCAUGUUUAAAGUAUGAUUAUGUUUACCCUAACCUGUAUAUUACGCAUUGAUUCAUUUGAAUAAUGACACGGUUCAGAUAUACAAAU